AUGGACGGGCUUCUGAUCAACUCUGAAGACAUGGUCGGCGAGGCCACAAACCAUCUUCUUCGGAAAUAUGGGAGGCCUCUCCUGACCCAAUCCAUGCGAGCUCGGCUCAUGGGCGUUUCGGGUUCGACGAACAGCGACAUGUUCCACGACUGGGCCAGGCUACCCAUCUCUCAUGAAGAAUGGGCGACUGAGCUUGGUGAGCAAAUGGGGCGGUAUUUUCAGGACUGCAAGCCACUACCCGGCACCAAGAUCCUUCUCUCGAAUCUGAGCCGCGCACAGACUGCUUCAGGCACUCGCAUCGAGCUGGCCUUGGCGUCCACCUCCAAAGCUUCUUCCUACAAGUUGAAGACUUCAAGACCAGAAACAAGAGAAAUACCUGACUUCUUCCAGUCAGAGCGGCGGGUGCUAGGUGAUGACCCCCGGCUGCGAGAGGGCCGGUCGAAACCAGCUCCCGAUAUCUAUUCAAUUGCUCUCGCAUCACUAAACUCAGGCCUUCCAAGUAGCACAAUCCUGCCUAAGGAAUGUCUGGUAUUUGAAGAUAGUGUAGCUGGAGUAGAGGCAGGAAGACGGGCUGGAAUGAGGGUUGUCUGGGUGCCUCAUCCGGCCCUAGCCGUUGAAUAUCAAGCAAGACAGAAGGCCGUCUUAGCUGGGAGAACGGGCAUGUUUGAUAUCGGGGAUGACUGGCAGUUAGGCGAUAUCGAUGAUGGAUGGGCUGAAAGCAUAGCAAGUUUGGAACACUUUGAGUACAGCAAGUAUGGCAUCCAGGUGCCGUCUUGGAUUUCCCUUGGAAAAGAAAACUUCUAG